GAGUUUGGGUUUAUGUUUGUAUUCAGAUGUUUAGGGUUUGUUUCUUAUGUCUGCAUUUGAUUUGAGCUGAUUUUGGUAUGUGUGCGUGUUGUAAUUUGGAGAUAUGUUAAUGUUUGUAAUCUUUAGGUUCCAUUGUAAAUCUUCGAUUCUCGUUUUGUGGAGUGUAUCUAGUUUAAUUAAUAAUAUUCAGUAAUAAAUCCUCGAUUUUGGUUUUCAGAGGGUGAAUCUAGGUUUAAUUUUACAUUUGUGGCAUUAAUUAAGUUUGGCGGGGGAGAAUUUGAUUUCAUGUACAUUUAUGGUUUUGUUCUUGUAUGUUUAGGGUCCAGGAUUCAGGGUUUUGUUCGCUAUUAAUUUCCGAAUGGUUUAUCUGAAUAGCUCUGGUAAUGGUUAUUCUGUUUAUAUAUAUGGAUUAAUUUAAGUAUAUAUUGUUUUAAGUAAGUUAUUUGUAGUAGAUUCGAUUCUGAUGUUAUUACUGAGUAAUUUGGUGUGAUGUGGUUUCUUUCUUGCGUUUUUUUGCUACUUGCUGGCGGAUUCUAAAUGUGCUUUUAUCUUUGUAAGCCAGCUAUUUCAGUUUGCUCAUGUAUUUUGAAAUCAAAAAGUUCUCUCAGGUAGUUGUCGAGCUUUCAGUUAGGUUAGCCUUUUAUGCAGUAACAAUAUCAUUUAUAGUUCCUGACAUCGUGGCAUCGCUGACAGUUCCUCUUGUUGUAUGAUAUCUGCGGGCAACAAACUUUUUCGACAUUGAUAUCAUUGUUCUAAUGGACCAGACUAGUGCUCCACUUGAAGGUAUUUCAAUUCCUGGGAGGAGGAAGAGAAGCCAGAGAUAUCGUCGGCUUAUACCUGAAUCACAACCCGUACCUGAGGGUCGUGACCAGUCAAGCUUAUUGUCAGAGCAGGUUUCAGAUACUACAUCCAAAGUCUCUAGUGAUGAGAAUGCUGGUUAUGAUAAUAGCUCUAUGAGAAAAGUUUUCAACCUUAACCAAUGUGCUUCAAGGGAUUCCGUGGGUACCAAAGUUAGUAGUGAACGUCCCCAUAAAAGGUUAAAGGGGGAUGAAGCAUUUAGUCCAAUAUAUAGCAACGGUGGUCUGAAAGUUGAAAAUGAUUCAGUAGGUGGUUUGAACCAAAAGAUGCAUAAUGGAGGUGUGGUCAGGGAUGGAGCUGCAGCCGAGAGUAAGUUUAAAAAAGUGAAGCUUAAGGUUGGUGGUGUGACACGCACUAUUGAAGCAAAGCCCACUUCUCAUGCUACAUCAGGAGGUGGAUCUUCUUCAAAGAGUGCCCAAAUAUUAAAUGCUCCUCAGCCACGACCCAAACUGAUUCUCCAGGAAGAUUCUGAUGGAGACAGUUCUCCUCAUCUAGACAAAAAUUGUGGCUUGAAAGGAAUUCCAUGGAAAGAUUUCUCCAAGGAGGAGUUCAAUCGUAAGGAGGAACUUCCUAUUAAGAUGUACGGCAAAAAUGUUACUAGAAAGCAAGCAGAGAAGUCAGAUCGGGUUCGAAAAAACAAGAAAGUGCCAAAGAAACGUGAUAUAAAUGGGGAAUUUGAUGAUGACGAGGACGAUGAUGAAAUUCGGUACUUGCAGAAACUCAGAACAUCUAAGGUUGCUGCAGGAUACAAAGAUGCAGCAGCAGAUUCUGGCAUCAAAAAGCGAAGUCUAUCCCUGGUCUUAAAAGUUAGGAAUAAUGAAAAUGCAAAAGAUUUUGGUCCUUCAAGGCCGAAUAGAGAUAGCAAGAAGGCGAUAACAGAGAGGGUGCGGGAGGAUACAGAUUAUGAACCGGACGAAGAAUUAAUGUCUGAAGGGGAGCCUGAAGGUAAUAAGGAGAAACUAGGGAAGGAUAUCGCUGAUUUUCCAACAGAACAUAAAAAAGAAAUAGCUCUUACGACACGUCAACGAGCCCUUCUAUCAAGCAGGGAUUUCUCUUCUGCAGCUGGAGCAAAUGAAAUUGAGUUUCCAAAUGGUCUACCACCACCUCCACCUCGAAGGCAAAAAGAGACCCUCACGGAAGUUGAGCAGCAGUUGAAGAAAGCUGAGGCUGCUGAGAGGCGUAGAUUGCAAAAAGAGAAAGCAGCUCGGGAGUCGGAGGCUGAGGCAAUUAGAAAAAUACUUGGUCAAGACUCCAGUAGAAAGAAGCGAGAAGAUAAAAUAAAGAAGCGUCAGGAAGAGUUGGCUCAGGAGAGGGCUGUCAAUGCACGAACCCUUCCUCCGAAUACUAUUAGAUGUGUCAUAGGCCCGACUGGAACCACAGUUACCUUUUCAGACGAUGUUGGUUUGCCUCAUAUCUUUGACCCUAAACCCUGCAGUUAUCCUCCUCCACGUGAAAAAUGUGCUGGUCCAUCUUGUAGCAAUUCAUACAGAUAUAGAGAUUCAAAGACAAAAGUUCCCCUUUGCAGUCUCAAGUGCUACAAGGCAAUUCAUGCAAAGAUUCAUGGUGGUGAUACCAGUUGCUAGUAUUUGGAGUAAUCUCUUUUGUUCAAUGAUGGCCGUAUUCCUCCUGCACAGUUGUCUAGUUUUAUGCACACUGUGAUGAAUUUUUGGUAAUUACCAUGAUUACAUGUCAGGAGAGGGGCUGUUGAAGUUCUUUAUCUUUAGAGCAGAACCGAACAGUAUUAUUUGGAAAUUGGCCUUUUUGGUUUAGCACUCAUCCUAGUUUCUAUUUCCAGCUUGUUUGAUUUCCAUACCCCUAUGACCUUGUCUGUGCUGCUAAUUGUAAGAGCCAAUUGCCCCUCCUUUUGGGCUUCAAUUUCUGUAAUACUUUUUAAAUAUUAUAUAUCAUUGUAAAUUCUACUGUAGUUGUCAUUUUAAUUUAUUGUGAUAAGCAAUCAAUCUUUAUUUUUUAUUUUUA